AUGGAUCUGGUUUUUGACUGGAGUAAAACUUAUGCAAUGUACAAAGGAGACUACCUGGUCCAUCUCUCAACGAUUUAUACAACACAAGAGAUGGAACAAAUUGUUUGCACUCUUUGGUCAAUCUGGACAGAAAGAAACAGAGUGGUUCAUGGCUCUUCUGCAAAACCAGCUUCGAUUCUUGCCUCCUUUGCUGUUAAUUACCUAUCAAAUUUCAGAUCAGCAACAAAGAAGUACCAUACAGCAGCAACAUCUGCUCCUCCUCUGCCUACAUCAGUACCAGGUGCCGCGAAAUGGACUCCACCAACUGGUUUGAACCUGAAAUUGAAUGUUGAUGCCGCCCUUGAUGCUAACCGAAACAUUAUUGGAGUUGGGGCUGUUGUUCGUAAUUCAGAUGGUCAUGUUCUGGCUGCUAUGGCGAAACCGAUUGUUGGUAAUUUUGCAUCUCAUAUUAUGGAAGCACAAGCUAUGUUUCAUAGCCUUAAUUGGGUUAUUCAGUUGCAAUUACCAAUUUCAGUUGUCGAGACAAAUGCCUUUUUGGUUGCUAAUGCUUUGCAAUAUGGAUCUACUGCAAUUUCUUCAUAUCAUGAUAUUUUACUAGAUGUUACUAGUCUUCUUUCCUUUUUCCCACAAGUGAAUGUUGUACAUGCUAAACGCUCAGCCAAUAUGGUUGCUCACAGCUUAGCUAAAUUCGCUUUAGGGGUGGAAGAGACUUGCUUUUGGUUAGAGGAUUUACCUCAACCUUUUUACUCUGUUGUUGUAAAUGACAUUUUUGUUUAA